AUGCUGCUUCAAGACCUUAUUGCUAAGUUCCAAUACAAGCAGGUCCUCAAGUCAGAUCCCCAAACCAAGUCACUCGUCCUUUUAGGUUCAAUUGAUAAUGAAGACGCAAUUGUGCAGUUUGAGAAGUCUGCCUUCAGCGUCGAAUCUGAUUCAGAAGUAUCUGCUCAGAAGCUUAUUGAACAGUUGAGGCUAAUUCAAAAUAAUGAUAUAUAUUACUGGUCUCUGGCUACGUUGGCCCAGGAUGUUGAGACUUUGCCAGCUGCCAAGGUGAACUUGAUUUACCCUGCUACUGAGAUUCAUAUCAAGAAGUACUCACAGCAACAGCUACAUGUUGUGAGAGAAACGCCCGAAAUAUAUCGUGAAGCAACAGCUCCCUUUAUUGAAACUCAGAAAGGAGACAGAAUCCAAUGGGUGCAUAAUAUUUUGUUUCACGGUAAAGAAGCAGACAGUGUCUUGUAUCAUGAUAAGGAUCCAGAGAGUGGGUUUGUUCUCCUCCCAGAUAUGAAAUGGGACAGAAUAAGCAUGAACGCUUUAUAUUUGAUGGCCAUUGUCCAGAGGACUGAUAUUUCAAGUGUUCGUGAUCUCAAUUCCACUCACAUACAAUUCUUAGAGGACCUACAAGCUAAGGUGAAGAAAGUCGGUUCAGAGAAGUAUGGUGUUCCUGAAGAUGAAUUCCGUGUUUUCAUUCACUACCAACCAUCAUAUUACCAUUUCCACAUACAUGCUGUGAGAGUUACGCAUCCUGGCUUGGGCGAUGGUAUCAAUAUUGGAAGAGCCAUCUUGUUAGACGAUGUGAUCCAGAAUCUCCAGCUUGUGCCUGACUACUACCAGAAAUGUAGCCUCACAUAUGUUCUAGGAGAGAACCAUAAGUUAUGGGAUGUUUUACUGAAAUAUUACCAAUGA